CAUCCAGCAGUGGAUCGACGUAUGACGGGCGGCCUGAUUGGUCUCCGCGGAUGGGCUCGGGGUUGUAAAAUUAGCCGCGCUAAGUUUAGACGUCGCAAGCCAAGCAGGCGGCGGCCUGCAGGGUGUGCAUCCUCGUCUGGGCAGCAGAGGGCAGUGUAGCAGCAUGAUGGAUGCGCUUGCUACGCUCCCACGUCUCUUGCUCACCCAAAUUCCUGACCCGCAGUGACCAGCGUGAUGAAGUAUGGUCAAACAACCCCCAUAACCAACGCGGCAUGGGGAGAGGGGGUGGGCUAUAGUCUAGCAGUGGAUUGAUACGGGGCUGUAUAUACCAAGUGCUGUAAGAUUUACACGCAUUUCUGUCCGUAUCCUCCCCGCAAAUGUCUGUUUUCUCAUCCCACUUGUGUCUUCUUGUGUCGUCCAGCAAAGACACGACGAUGUCCCGAACGGGCAGCCCGGGCAGCCCUCCCAGGUCAUGUGACACCUUCGUGGCUUUGCCGCCAGCGACGGCAGGCGGCCACGUGGUGUUCGGCAAGAACUCUGACCGGCCGAGCGACGAGGUGCAGGAGGUGGUGGUGCUGCCCGGAGCCGCUCACCCGCCGGGCACCAAGCUGCAGUGCACCUACAUCGAGAUCGAGCAGGCGGAGCGCACGCUGCCCGUGGUGCUGAGCAAGCCGGCGUGGAUGUGGGGCGCCGAGAUGGGCGCCAACGACCGCGGGGUGUGCGUGGGCAACGAGGCCGUGUGGACCAACGAGCCCAUCGACGACAAGGAGGCACUGCUGGGCAUGGACUUAGUGCGACUGGCGCUGGAGCGGGGCGGCACGGCGCGCGAGGCGCUCGACGUGAUCACGUCGCUGCUCGCGCGCUAUGGCCAGGGCGGGAACUGCAUGGAGAGCACGAGCAGCUUCACGUACCACAACAGCUUCCUCAUCGCCGACCGCUCCGAGGCCUGGGUGCUGGAAACGGCCGGCGAGUACUGGGCGGCCGAGCAAGUCACAGAGGGCACGCGCAACAUCUCCAACGGGCUGAGCAUCGGCUCGCGCGUAUCGCUGGAGCACCCCAAGCUGCGUUCCCACGCGCGCGACGCCGGCUGGUGGGACGGCCGCUCGAGCUUCGGCUUCGCGGGGACUUACGAGGAGGGCGGCGGCAGCGGCGGAGGCCGCUUCUCGGCCGGCAAGCGCCUGCUCGCCAAGCACGCGGGGUCCCUGUCGGCACAGGACAUGAUGUCGAUCCUGCGUGACAAGGAGAGUGGGAUCUGUGCGCAGGGCGCCUUCCUCACAACGGGCAGCAUGGUGUCCAUCCUCCCGCAGAACCCCGCCCUGCCCUGCAUCCACUUCCUGACCGCCACUCCCGACCCUUCCAGGUCGAUCUUUAAGCCGUUUGUGUUCGUCGAGGGGGUGAAGCCCGUCGGCAAGGUGGUUUCGCCGGACCUGGGCGCCGACGACCCGGCGAGGGUGGUGCCGCGCUUCCGCAGCAAACCGGACCGGCGGCACGAGCUGUACCGCGCGCACCAGCAGGCGUGGGAACAAGCCGGCGACAGCGGCACGGAGCGCGGCGUGCGACUGCUGGAGACGAUGAUGGGGCUGGAGCGCCAGGGCAUCGCCGCCAUGGAGGAGGUGGCGUCUGGACGUCGUGCGUUUGUGGCGUCCGAGAUGGUCGACCUCUUUUACGACUGCGUCGACACGGAAAUGAAGUUCUACAAGUGAACGACGCGCACGUACACGCGCGCCGCGCCACCAGGAGGCGUGCGCGGUGUGCAACACGAGCGUGUCGGCAUCGUGGAAUUUUACUUUCAUUUGAAGAAAUGCCGUUGUGUCUUCAGUAGGGCAUGCAACAACGUAUCGAUUUGAUUGAAAUUGAUUCUUACGAUCACGAUGUGAGCAUCGAAUCUUGCAUGCAAAUGAUUAUUUCCAACUUGUAUAAAUUAUAUGCGAAUGUGAUGAACAAUAUCGUGCCGAGACAAAUUAGAGAAUCGUUACGGACAAAAUUCUUUUAAAAAAUCCCGAUACUCGCAACCAUGAAUAUUCGAAAUUUCAAAUCGCCGGGGUUGGGGGAUGUGGUGGUUGGUUGCAUGCCUCGCGUUUAGGACUGUUAGUUGAUCUGCGCUCAUGCUUAAAAACUGUUAGAAGGGUUACAUAUGGAAUACUGAAAGAGUUGACAGUUUCAGACAGUGCAAUGGUUUGGACUGUUAGUCGAAUUGAAUACGUUUUACCGGAUUAUGGAUGGUGUACUAGACUGAUUCAACCAGUUGAAUAGUUGAGGUUGAGGCUGCAUAAUAGAUUUACAUACAUUUCUUCUCAUCUCCUUGAGUAGUCCCAAAGAGCAUGACGCACUAAAUUAAGUUGAGCUAUCAUCGUCCGAGAUUGUUACUGGCAAAGAUUGUUCGCAAUAAUUUUGUUUCCAAAAUAUCAACAGUUUUCUUCACCGCUUCUGUUCGUGGUGAACUGGAAUGGCAAUGUCCAUUCCGAUCACGGACACAGGUCACAUGAUUGCCCGAGGUUGUGUGCUGUGCAGAUCAAUCAUUGCUCAUCCAUCGUCACCAUGCCAGCACCUUGCCAAUUUUGCCAACGUCCGCUCACAGUAAAUGCGUUGCUGGUGACAUUUGCCAACCAAACGUUUGCUGUAAAAUUACCCUUGUUCCUCAUGGCUUUAGGGCUCAAGCAUAUUAAUGGUUGCCAUUUAGUCUGAGUCGGACACACAGGUCAAUAAAAAGCACUCUUAUGGCAGGUGAAGCCGAUCGCUGCGUGGUUUUACAACGCGUUGUGCCGCGUGCUCUACGUUUCUUUGCACAAGUUGAGUUUGUGUGCCCCUCCUCGCGAGCUUCUGGGAGUGUCUGCGAGUUGCUGCUCUUCCCUUGUGCAGCUCAAGCACCUUGAAUAAAGCCGCAAUCGAAGAUCGCGUCGA